AUGACGACAAAUGCAACUAGCAACUGCAGCCUGACAAGUUUUCAACCCUACUAUCCCAUUUAUCUCGUCCAAUUAACUCUUUAUAUCCUCAUUUUCUUUUUUGGAGCAAUUUUUAAUGCCCUUGCCCUGUGGGUGUUCUUCUACAAAGUCAAGAAGUGGACAGAAACCAGGGUCUACAUAGUCAACUUAAUCUUUGCAGAUUGCUCUGUUAUCUGCACUUUGCCACUAAUGAUCUACCUACACUGGAAGGAGUCGGUCCGAGAUGAACUCUGCCAGGCUGCAGAAGCAAUAUAUUUCAUCAACAUGGAAGUGAGCAUCUACAUUAUUUUAUUUAUCUCGCUCGACCGAUACAUUGCCAUAAAGCACCCCCUGAAAGCAAAGACCUUUAGGUCUCCAGCAAAGGCUGCGCUUCUCUGUGGAUUUCUUUGGGUCUCUGUGAUAGUAGCCACCACCUUCCAUCUCAAAGGGAGACAGGCCAGCUACUGCUUUCAGAAGGACACAGCCCGUGCACCUAUUCUGAGCCUGACUUCCCUUCUCUUUGUUUUUACUCUCCCAUUAGCAACCUUGACCUUUUGUUCCAUUGAAGUCAUUAGGAAUUUGAAGAAAAGGUCCAGCACAAAUUUGCCAGAGGAUAAAUUAAUCCACAAAGCCAUUUACAUUAUUUACACAAAUAUGGCUGUAUUUUUAAUAUGUUUUCUCCCAGCCUACCUUAGUAUACUUACCAUGUUCAUAAUGGAAAACACUGGAGCUACUUGUUUCACCAUUCAGGUUGUGAGGAACGUGUCCUCUGUGACAAGGUGCAUUGCCACCUCUAACUGCUGCCUGGAUAGCAUUUGCUAUUAUUUUGUGACCAAAGAAUUCCAGGAGGCUCUUCUUCUGUCAAAACACAGCAAUGACAAGACAAAGACAAAUGCAAACCAUAUUUCCCAGAUAUAG